GCAUUGGUGCACCUUGGCAAGGCCCAGCAGGGACUGAAGGAUUACGAGGCGGCCGUUUCGACUUACCAAGAAAUCCUCAAUAUUGACGAGAAGUACGAGAACAUGGUCGCAGGCUACAUUGCAGCGGUGAAUCUAGCCGAGUCCACAGCCAAGUCUGAUAUGGAGGCUGAGAGGCUGUUCAGUGAGGGCGACGUCAAGGCAACGGGCGUUCAUGAGAUCGGACUCAGUGGCGUAGCAGACAGUCAAGCAGCUCUGACCCAACAACUACCAGAUGAUCAACAAACGACUCAGUCUGGCAGCAGACAGCCUUCCCAGCAGGAACCAACGCAACAACCUCCGCCGCAACUACAGCCAGGAGCGGGUAUCACUGACCCUGUUCUACGCAAGAUCUCUGAGAGGCUUGGCUCUGAAUGGCAGAAGCUGGCUACACAUCUCGGUUUAAGCGCUGCAGAGAUCGACCGCAUCGUGAUGGAUGACCCAGGCCAGACAGAGAACCAGAUCUUCAACAUGCUGGUCAAAUGGAGGUGCCAACAAUCCACUAGCGCGGAUCAGAGGGACGUGUUAUGCACAGCUCUGAUGGAGAUCGGCAGAAGGGACAUUGUUGAAAACCUGUUAGAAAUCACCGGACUCCAGGGGCCGGUUACCUUUGAGGAUUUGCAACAGGAAAUUAUCGACAACUACAAGCAAACAGCAACGACUAUUCCUGCACACCCUACACUGCAGUCACGUCAAGUGGGUAUUGAGGAAUUCUUUAUUCCUCUAAAUCUCAAAAAGAACAUUCCAGGCAAAACAAAAUCAGAGAGGUCGGUGACAUUACCAGAAGGAGAAAGAUUGUUAGAUAUUUAUCAAACUGUUAGACUAAAUUCCUUGGAUGAUUUGUUAAAUCCAGAAGUAGUUGAGGAAAUCAAGAUUCUUCUUAUUGGUGGGGCCGGGACGGGUAAAUCAACUCUGUUAGUGAAGGUUGCAAACUCCUCCAUCACACCUGGUUCAAAACCCCUUCUUGGUAGAUUCAAUCUUGUGCUUUGGAUAAAGCUGAGGCAAAUGCAGCAAUCUAGCUGUGUCUUGGAUGCCAUAUUUGACCAAAUUCUAGCACGUAACACCAAACUGACGAAACACAUAGUGAAAGGGUUCAUUGAUGAUCAUGAAUCAGGCAUUGCUUUGCUGUUGGAUGGAUUAGAUGAAAUUCCAUCUCAUGUUUUGCACUCUGAGGAGGGCGAGUACAUGGUUCAGGAUAUCUUACAUGGCAAAGUCCUUAGAAACAGUUUUGUGUUGGUAACUACUCGACCACACAUGACUGAACAUGUAUUGGGGGGUCCCCAAAAGUAUGCAGUCGUUGAGGCAUGUGGCUUCACAGCACAAGACAGAGAUCAAUACAUCAGAUUAAACCUUCCUGAUGAUGCUGACAUGGGAGAGGCAUUGGUUUCACAUCUGAAAACCAAUCAACAGCUAUGGGAAAUGUCCCAUUUUCCAAUCAUUUCCCAGAUGAUGUGCCUUGUUUGGAAGAAUCAAAAGUCAUUGCCCGAGAGAAUGACUGAGCUGUUUGCAAAGUUUGUAAAGGUUCUUUUCAUUCGCCGCAAUGAAGGAAUGGGCGAUCAGCACAUGAUGUCCAUCAUGAUGUCCAUCAUUGAUGACUUGGGGCGUGUUGCAUUGCAAGGGUUACUAGACUCUAAUGGGGAAAGACUCAUGUUUGAUGAAACUGAAUUUCAGCAUUGUCAGUCUUCCUUAGCUGAGGGUUGUCGUGUGGGUUUUGUUCAACGUGAAACGUUCACAAUUGGUCUGGAUGUAAAGGUGUUGGUCACUUUCCCCCACAAGUCCAUCCAAGAAUACUUUGCAGCAUGUCACCUGGUGAAAUUGCUACAACAAGAUGACGAAAACAAUUUCCAUCAUCAGUUGAAGCAGAUUGGAGAAGGCAAUGUUCAUGCGAUGGAAUACCUGCUGAGAUUUUGUUGCGGUAGAUCAAGGCAGGCAGCUGGUCUCAUUCUGGAUCACAUACAAGAGAUGCAAGUUGAUAAAGAAGAACUGCAGAGAUUGGCUCUGUUACUGUUGUGUGACUCUGGUUCAGAAAAUUUGGCUACCAAACUAGUCAGACCAACUGUGGUAAACUGCAAGAGUAACGAAGACCUGAAAUCACUGAGCUACUACUUACAGCAUGUCACUCCGCCACUUGAAGGUGCACAUUUUCACAUGAAUGUAAGAAAGCAGGAGCUUACCCUUCUCAAGGGAAUUCUUCCGAGUGACAGCAUUGAGUCAGCUGGGCUGAUAUCGGUUAACUACCACUUGUCUGAGCAGGAGGGGGAGGAGCUUAGCCUCCUUGAGGAAACACUUGGUGUGGUGGAUGAACAGCGCCGUGCUCAAUUACACAUUGUGGUUCAAUUUGAGGCGAAGUCGUGGUUUGAUGUGGGGCGUGUAUCACACAGCUUUUUCCGCAUGCAGGAACAAAAAUGCAGGCUUGCUUUGGUUAUGAACCAACGAUCACCGGAUGAGGUUGUUGAUCUAUUGAAGGCACUGGAAGGAUGCAGGUUGGGUUGGCUCACACUGUAUGACACUGACCUGCAUGCACGGGUGCGAGAUGUUAGCCGCAUCUCGUCAUCCCUUACACUCUUGCAGCUCCCUACAUGCAGGUUGGGCGAUGAUGACGUGAAGGAUCUGAUCAGCAUCUUUCCUGCUGGGCAUGGUUUACAAUGGCUUAACCUUGAUGGCAAUGCAUUCAGUUUGGAUGCAGUGAGGGCUCUCAUCGGUCAUCUCCAAGGUUUCCCAAAGUUACGGCGGUUGGGACUUCAUAACAUCGGCAUCGAUGCUAAGCUCAUCAGACAAGUUGUCAGUCAAGACCUCCCUCGCCUGAAGGAAACACAAGAGGGAUUAUUCGAAGUCUAAAUAAUCUCCCAUCAAGUCAUAACUCUCUCCCUGUUCCCUAUGAAUGUACCACGCUCACGAGCCGCAUUAAACCGAAACAAGUAGCACGUAUCAUGGGUCAUUUUAUGUGAAGUCAAUGCUCUGCAACCCCCCCCCCCCCCUAAAAAAAGAAUCAGUAAAAAAAAAAAAAAAAAAAAAAAAAACAACAACAACAACAAUCAAUAACAACAACAACUUUAUUUUCAGAGGACAAUAAGGGGCUCGAUAAUAAUGAAAAAGUCAACAAAACAGUUUCAAUACAAAUAGAGUAUUCUGAAUCCUCUUACAUUAUGAAUACAAAUAAUUAUACCAAGCAUAGUUCUUCACUCUACUGAACCUCCAUCCCAAAAAAAUUCAAUCCGUCAAUUGAUCAAUCAAUCAGUGUGAAAAGUCAAUCAACAAUUCCUGUACAAAAUGAUUCAUUGAAAUCUUCAAACAUAAUAGCACUGUACUAAGCAUUCUGGGUGUCACUUGAAAGUGAUAUUAAAUUGACCUUGUAUCUUGGGUGACCUCUGAGUACUAUUAUAAAUCUACAAUCUAAUCGUCAAUUAAACAGGAGAAUCCACCUCUCCUUGCCAUUUCUUUUGAGAAAAAGUAUUGUAUUGCAUCAUCUAUGUAAAAUUGUGUGAGAUGUCUUCAACUUUUGUGACAAAGGCCUCCUCCCACCCUGUUAUCCGAUCAAUGUAGUAAUAUGGCAUUCAAACAAACUAAUGUGACCACAUGCAAAUGGCUGCACGACACCCUUCCAUAGACCAGUGCUGUGCAAAACUUAGUAUACAGAAUAAUACCCCAAACCUCGGGUACUUUUGAAUUGUUUUGCGUUUGCCUUAUGUACAAAUUCAGAAAAUUCUCGCAACUUCAUGCCUUCCAAACAGACGGUUUUUUUUAAGUGUUUGUGCUUCAUUCUUUAUCAAAUCGUUCGUGUAAAUUAAUGUAAAUUACGCAUAAAAUGGCAAAAAUUAUGAUUCCAGUUUGCUAACUUUUGUAUAGAUCUUUAACCUUGACUGUUUAUGUAAUAUACCUUUAAAGUGGUGCAGUUGUGUAAGGACAGUAUAACAUGGAUUUUGUUUACUUUUCAACUAUAAGCCUAUGUCCAUAUUGAGAGUUACUAAACCAGUGUUCAUACU